ACACACCAUCAUCAUCGAUUGUGUGUGUGUGUGUGCGUAUCAACAAUUCAUCGACUGAUUCAUCAUUACAUUCAUAUCAUAUAUCAUGGAUCCGCAUCAUAUCUUUUAUCCAUUGAUUAUGAUUUUGUGAUGAUUUGAAAAAUGUGAGCAACAAUGAACAGAAAAAAAAAUUACACAUGAAGAAAGAAAAUUUCUUUUUUUUUUAUUGGCAACAAAAUCUUCGUCUGUGGUAUAAUCUAUUGAUAUGUGCGUGAUUGUGGAUGUUAAAGUAAACUAAAUAAGAAAAAAAAACAUAAAAAUUCCGAUGUAAAAAAACCGUUAGACGAGCGCUUUCAUCAUCAUCAUCAUCAUUAUUAUUGAGGUUGUGAUCCACUUUAUUCGAUUCGAAUUCAAGAAUUUAAUAAAUUUAAAAAAUAAAUAAAUCCUGUGAUGGAGAUUCCACCACCGAUAACAAACAUUACUGUUGUUGAUGAUGAUGAACAGAAUUAUUUCAAUGAUGAUGACGAUAAUAUACUUUCACAACAACAUGAUGUAAAAAAUUCCAAGAAUAUCAUUGAACCAUCAGCAGUAACAACAACAACAACAGCUCAACUAAAUGAUAAUAAUAAUGAUUCAAGACGAUCACCACCACGAUUAUAUCUUUUAUAUGGAAUAAUCAUAUUACAAACGGUCAUAUUUCUUUCUGAAAUGAUUAUCGAUCAAAUGGUACAUUCAAUGUUAAUAUUGGCCGAUGCUUAUCAUCAUCUAUUCAAUUCGUUCAAUGCAAUAUUAUUGGUUGUUUGCUACAAGAUUUCCAAUCAAAUUACAGUCAAGAAUACAUUUGGCUGGGUACGAACCGAAUUACUUGGAAUGUUAACAACAAUCACAUUCAUUGUGGCAUUGAUAUUUUCAUUACUCAUUGAAGGUGCAUUACAAUUGUUGCAUUUACAUGAAAUUUCUGGUCCAACAAAUCCAAAAAUUUUGUUCAUUUUUGGUAUUUGGAGUUUAAUCGUAAACAUAUUAUAUGUAUUGACAAUUAAUGGCGUCAUGACCGAUAAGAAAUAUAAACAGACUACACAAAAAGAACGUUCAUUUUCAACGGCCAAAUGUCAACUUCGUCGUUUAUCAUCAUCAUCGUCUUCAUCGAAAAAUCGAACGGAACUGAUAGCUAAAAGUAAAAGUAAAAGUAAAAAUAUUCGAAAAAAAAUUAGUAAAACAUCUAUGAUGACAACAACGACGACGACGACAUCAUCAUUUCCACGUAAUAAAAUUGAACCAGAUGAAGAUCUGGAUCUAAUCACAACUGAUGGCAAUAAUGAUCGUACAGCUACAAUGGAUCCUACAUCAUGGAUGGAUGAAGCAUAUCGUGUGGAAUUUUCUCCAUCAUCACCAGCGCCACCGAAAUCAUCAUCAUCGGAAACCAAAUCAAAUUGUUUCUGUCAAUCAUUCGUUCAGGGAAUCUUGAGUCCUUGUUUUGUUAUAUUUUGUAGCUUUCUAAUCACAUUGGCACAACAUGGUAAUACACAAGGAUAUUGGGAAUUGACAACCGUUGAAAUGAUCGAUCCAUUGAUUGGUAUUAUAACGGCAAUCAGUUUAUGUAUAACAUUCUAUCCACAAUUGAAGAAUACGUUUCUAAUAUUGAUGCAAACCAUACCGGAAGGUGUAAAUAUUGUCCAAUUGAAACGUGAAAUAUUGGAUCGUUUUCAGGUGAUUGAUAAUAUUCACGAAUUUCAUAUAUGGCUUUUGAAUGGAUCGGAUAUUGUUGUUACAUGUCAUAUUGUAUUACCACCACAGAAUACAGCCGAAUAUAGCCGUUUAUUUGAUGAGAUAAAACAAUUUCUUCAAUUUAAAUAUGGUAUCCGUUAUAUAACCAUACAGCCAGAAUUUACGACAAAAAAUGAUGAUCAUGAUAAUCAUCAUUAUCAUAAUUAUCAAAUUGAACGUGAACAACGUAGACAUUCAAGUAAACAUUGUAAUAAUCAAUGUCUUGUUAAAUGUCCAUGUGAUCGUAAUGGUGAUUGUGAACAAUGUUUAAUCAAAAGUUGUUGUAAUAUCGAUACAACAAUCGAUAGUGUUGUUGUAAUCGAUCAUCAUCAUCAUCAUCAUCAAAAUCGUCGUCAAACAUCGGAAAAACAUUAGUAUACUAAUUAUUAUAUUAUAAUGACGAUGAUAAUGAUAAUAAUUAUGACAUUGAUGAAUAAUUAUAUGAUGACCAUAUGAUUCACAUAAAAUAUAAAUGAAUGAAUGACAUCCAUAAAUAGAUUGAUUUGGUUAUCCCAUCAUCAUCGUCAUCAUCAUCAUCACACACAUGCACACAUCUUUGAAUGUUAUUGAUCCUUCUGUCUCUUUUGACAAUUUUUUUUUCUUUAAAUAUGAUGCUGUAGUGCCCAAUUUUUUUUUAUUGCUCAUUGAUUUAUCGCAUCUUAUUCACACCUCCCCACACCCACAUCAACAUACUUGCUACAAUCACCAAUCAAAAUACAUUAAAAUAUUUUGUUUUA